UCUCGCAUCCGAGGCAGGAGAGAAGUUGCUGUUUUACCUUCCCUCCCCACCCCGCCCUCACCAAACCAGAAGAGGGGGGAAAAAAAAAAAUGGCGCCAUCUGAACAUGAUGAUGAUGGUAGCAAUAGGGUAGUGAGCGACGCAUGGGAUUACAGAGGUAAUCCUGCUACAACCGAACGAACUGGAGGAUGGUUCAGUGCUGCUUCAAUUCUAGGUGUGGAACUCACCGAAAGGCUUACAACACUAGGAAUUGCAGUGAAUCUAGUGACGUACUUGACCGGCGUCAUGCAUCUGGGAAGUGCCCGGUCGGCCAAUAUGGUCACCAACUUCUUGGGCACAUCCUUCCUGCUGUGCCUUUUUGGUGGUUUCAUUGCCGACACCUACUUGGGCAGAUACCUCACCAUUGCCAUCUUCACAACUGUUCAAGCCACGGGAGUGACCGUUCUUACCGUGUCGACCAUGGUGCCGGGAUUGAGGCCACCACACUGCACUACGGUUGACUCAUGCAUCAAGGCAAACGGCACACAGCUCUCUGUUCUGUACCUUGCUCUUUACCUCACUGCCCUGGGCACCGGAGGCCUCAAGUCUAGCGUCUCCGGCUUGGGCUCCGACCAAUUCGACGAGUCGUCGCCCAGGGAGAAAAGCAAGAUGAUCUCCUUCUUCAGUUGGUUCUUCUUCCUCAUCAACAUCGGCUCCCUUGCUGCAGUCACAGUGCUCGUGUACAUACAGGACAACCUCGGGAGAAAAUGGGGCUAUGGCAUCUGUGCCUGCGCCAUCCUGGUUGCACUGAUCCUGUUUCUUAGCGGAACGAGGAAAUACCGCUUCAAGAAGCUAGCAGGAAGUCCCAUAACUCGGGUUGCCAGGGUCAUCUCCACGGCAUGGAGGAACAGGCACAGAGAUCUGCCUUCUGAUCCCACGCUUCUUUACCAGGGCGAUAUGACCUGUGUCAACGGCGAUGCUUACAAGAGAACAAUCACCACUGUGGCACAUACCAAACGGUUCAGGUUUCUUGAUAAGGCCGCCAUUAUUGUAGAUGAUCACGGCAUGGACCCUGAGAAGAAGAGCGAGAGGAACAUAAUUUCACUGGCACAGGUCGAGGAAGUGAAACUGGUGUUGAGCAUGAUGCCCAUAUGGGCCACAACCAUAAUUUUUUGGACAGCUUACGCUCAAAUGACGACGUUUUCUGUGCAACAAGCCACAACUAUGGACAGGCGCCUGGUCGGAUCCUUCCAAAUCCCCGCCGCGUCUCUCACCGUCUUCUUCGUCGGAAGCGUGCUCGUAGUCGUUCCGAUCUACGACCGCGCCGUGGUCCCGAUCGCCCGGCGGUUCACGGGCCGGCGAGAGGGGAUCACUACCCUCCAAAGGAUCGGAGUCGGCCUGGUUCUGAGCAUCUUGGCCAUGGUUGCCUCGGCUCUGACCGAGAUAAAGAGGCUAAGUGUGGCCCACGCCACUCCUAGCCCAAGCGGCACCGUGCCUCUGAGCGUCUUCUGGCUGGUGCCUCAGUUCUUCCUGGUGGGUGCGGGAGAGGCCUUCACCUACAUCGGGCAGCUUGACUUUUUCCUGAGGGAGUGCCCUGCGGCGAUGAAGACCAUGAGCACAGGGAUGUUCCUUAGCACCCUGUCCCUUGGCUUCUUCUUCAGCUCCGCCCUUGUCGCCAUUGUCCAUAUGGUGACUUCAGGACACGGGACAAGUGGGUGGAUAACGGACAACCUGAACAAGGGGAAGCUCUAUAACUUUUACUGGCUCCUGGCCGCCCUCAGUGUGCUGAACUUUGCCGUCUACCUCUACUGUGCUAAAUGGUACGUGUACAAGGAGCAGAGGAUCUCCACGACCAAUCUUGAGGAAGAAGAGAAGGUGAUUGAGUUGGAAGCUUGUUGCCAAGCGUAAGAGGCAAAAGGCGAAAGAAUCGUCUGUUAUGUGAAGCACCAUUGUGAUGACUCAUGAGAGGUGAAAUAGGUUGAAUCUCAUCUUGUCUUAGUGUGUGAGGGUCCCAAUAGCAGACAAGGCCGAAGGUCGAGUAGUUUGUGGAAAGGGGCUUUUUUUUUUCUUCUUCUUCUUCUCCUUUUUAGUGUUCCAAAUUGCUCAACACUCGUGGAAAGGUGUUUUCAAUUUUUCUUCUUUUUUUGGGAAAAUAUAGUAUAUGGCAAAUUGUACAUUAUGUAGAAGGUUUUGUGGCAUUUUCCUUGUCAUAAGAAUAAAUGCUUUGUCUUCUUAUUGUCA